AUGAAUCAAGCCGUAGCAGAAUCAAUUAAUAAAUCAUUAAAAUCUUCAACAGCAGAUUAUACCCCAAAAGGAUAUCAUAUUACCGAAUUAGAAUCUGAUUCAAUUUAUUUAGAUGAACAUUUUUCAGGUAAUGCAAAGAUUUUCCAUAAUCCAGCAGUAGCAGUAUUAUAUGAACAAGCAUUGGCAUUUGAACAUGGAUCAGCAAUUACAAGUACAGGUGCAUUGGUAACCAGAUCAGGUGUAAAGACUGGAAGAUCACCAAAGGAUAAGAGAAUUGUAAAGGAACCAUCAUCACAAGAUGAUAUUUGGUGGGGACCAGUCAAUAUUGCAAUGGAUGAUCUUUCAUUUAUGAUCAAUCGUGAAAGAGCCAUCGAUUAUUUGAACACUCAAGAAAAGAUCUACGUUAUCGAUGGUUACGCAGGAUGGGAUCCAAAAUAUCGUAUCAAGGUUAGAGUCAUUUGCGCACGUGCCUACCAUGCUCUCUUUAUGCACAAUAUGUUAAUUCGUCCAGCCAAUAGAGAAGAGUUAAGAAAUUUUGGAGAACCAGAUUACACCAUUUACAAUGCAGGUCAAUUCCCAGCAAAUCGUUACACUAAGGGUAUGUCUUCAAGCUCAUCAAUCGCCAUUGAUUUCGCUCGUAAGGAAAUGGUUAUUUUGGGUACUCAAUACGCUGGUGAAAUGAAAAAAGGUAUUCUCACCAUCAUGAUGUAUCUCAUGCCAAAGAUGGGUGUCUUACCAUUACAUUCCUCUUGCAAUCAAGCUCGUAACAAUGGUGAUACCACAUUAUUCUUUGGUCUCUCUGGUACUGGUAAAACUACAUUAUCCGCCGAUAUUAACCGUGAAUUAAUUGGUGAUGAUGAACAUGUUUGGACCGAUACUGGUUGUUUCAAUAUCGAAGGUGGUUGCUAUGCAAAAUGUAUCGAUCUCUCUCGUGAAAAGGAACCAGAGAUCUUUGAUGCCAUCAAGUUUGGUGCUGUUUUAGAGAAUGUCGUCUACAAUGAGUACUCUCGUAAGGUCGAUUACAAUGAUGUCUCUAUCACUGAGAACACCCGUUGUGCCUACCCAUUGGAACAUAUCCCAAAUGCCAAAUUCCCAGCUAUUGCCGGUCAUCCAAAGAAUAUCAUUAUGUUAACUUGUGAUGCUUUUGGUAUUCUCCCACCAGUAUCUCGUUUAGAUGCCAAUCAAGUUAUGUACCAUUUCAUUCAAGGUUAUACCGCCAAAGUUGCCGGUACUGAAGUUGGUGUCACCGAACCAACUGCAACCUUUUCAAGUUGUUAUGGUGAACCAUUCAUCGUAUGGCAUCCAACCAAAUACGCUGAAAUGUUGGCUUCUCAACUCCAUAAACAUUCAGCUCGUGCUUGGUUAAUUAAUACUGGUUGGACUGGUGGUUCUCAUGGUGUUGGUUCUCGUAUUAAAUUGGCCUACACUCGUGCCAUCAUCGAUGCCAUUCACAGUGGAGAACUUGAAAAAAUUCCAACCACUAAAAUGGAUGUUUUCGGUUUCCAAGUACCAAAUAGUUGUCCAGGUGUUCCAUCUGAAAUUUUAAUGCCAAUUAAUGGUUGGGCUGAUAAAGAGAAAUAUGUUUCAACUAUGCAUAAAUUGGCUAAAUUAUUUAUUGAAAAUUUCAAAAAAUUCCAAGAUAAAGCUUCACCAGAACUUGUAGCAGCCGGUCCAAUAUUACCACAAUAA